AUGGAGAUCUCCAAGAAAGUCUUUCGGAGAGGCAAUGGUAGAGUGGAGCUGUGCAAUAUACGCUCUGGUAUGGUCAUGAGCAUCCUCCAAUCCAUCCACUCAGUCCGAGACAUGUUGGAGAUCCCGGCGCAUAGAGGAGAUCUCCGCUCGGCAAGCAUCUUUAACUUCGGCAAUGACAACGAGAUGGAUUUGGGAAACGUAACAUCUAUAUCUGAAUUAGUUCUCCUUGGAUUUUCUAGUGAUGCACAAAUACAAGUGGCUUUAUUUGUGAUAUUUUUGAGUUUCUAUGUAAUAACAUGUAGUGGAAACUCUUUAAUCAUUAUUGUUACUGUAACAAAUACCAGACUACAUACCCCAAUGUAUUUUUUACUUACAAAUCUUUCCCUCUUGGAUAUCAUCUACUCAACCACAAAUGUGCCUAAUGCAUUAAAAGAUUUAUUGUCAUUGAGAAAAACUAUUCCAUUUGUGGGUUGUGUUGCACAAAUGUAUAUUUCACUUGCUCUUGGCAUAACAGAAUGUUUUUUAUUCACUGUAAUGGCUUAUGAUCGAUAUAUUGCUGUAUGUUACCCAUUGCAUUAUGGUACACUGAUGACCAAUAUAUUAUGCUUCCGUGCUGCUGUAAGUACAUGGGUAUGUGGAUUUCUCUUUUCUUUAAUCCAAAUUACAACUACUAUAAAUGUGCCAACCUGCGGAAACAAGAUCAUUAAUCAUUUUUUCUGUGAAGGACCAGCAUAUUUAUCCCUGAGCUGCCAUGAUAACUUUAUUAAUAAUGUGGUCACGUUUAUCCUCGGUGUGAUUAUCCUAAUUAUACCUGUUUGUUUCAUUGUUUUAUCAUAUAUCAGAAUCAUGCAAGCCAUCAUGAAAAUGACCACCUCAGAAAGCAGAAGCAAAGCCUUUUCUACAUGUGCAUCUCAUUUGAUCGCUGUUACUUUAUACUUUGGUUCAUGUUCAGCUAUGUAUAUGAAACCACAAUCCUAUUAUUUACCAGAAAGGGAUAAAAUUAUUGCAGUAUUUUAUAUUAUCGCAACACCGAUGCUAAAUCCUUUAAUUUACACACUUCGAAAUAGGGAAAUUAAUUUAGCUUUAAGAAAAUUAGCAUUUCGAAAAUAUUAUGAUAAAAACAUUUGUAUUAAAUAG